UGCUCUUUUGGAGGAACAAAGUUAAUGCAAAGAAACAGUUACGGCACCUCAAUGGGCACAAUAAAAAACAUAGCAUAUAAAGAUAUUGUAAAAGCAACAGAUAUGUUCUCUUCUGCUAAUUUAAUUGGCUCAGGUUCAUUUGGAAAGGUUUAUAAGGGUAACCUAGAGCUUCAUGAAGAUCAAGUAGCUAUCAAGAUUUUUAACCUCAACAUAUAUGGGGCUCAUAGGAGCUUCAUUGCGGAGUGUGAAGCCCUCAGAAAUGCCCGCCACCGCAAUCUUAUAAAAAUUAUUACUGUGUGCUCCUCAGUGGAUCGUAGCGGGGCUGACUUCAAGGCCAUAGUCUUCCCAUACAUGCUGAAUGGGAACCUUGAUAUGUGGAUACAUCCUAGGCUCCAUGAACACAGUCAAAGAAAGAUUCUGACUUUAUGUCAAAGAUUCAAUAUAACCUUGGAUGUAGCAUCUGCUUUGGAUUACCUUCAUAACCAAUGUGCAUAUCCGCUAAUACACUGCGAUUUGAAGCCAAGCAAUAUUCUUUUGGACUUUGGCAUGGGUGCAUAUGUCAGCAACUUUGGCUUAGCAAGAACAUUAUACACUAAAUCAGGUGCAUUUCAAGAUAGUUCGACAAGUUUGGCUUGCCUAAAAGGAUCCAUUGGAUACAUCCCACCAGAGUACGGCAUGAGUGAAGAGAUAUCAACCAAGGGUGAUGUUUAUAGUUUUGGGGUGGUCCUGCUAGAAAUGAUGACAGGGUAUCGUCCAACAGACGAUCAAUUCAACGACGGUACAAGUCUGCAAGAUUUUGUCCGUGGAUCAUUUCCAAAUAACAUCUAUGAGGUUGUUGACCCUGUCAUGCUGCAAGACAACAUCAACGCAGCCAAAGUGAUGCAGAACUGCAUCCUUCCGUUGGUCAAAGUAGGACUGUCGUGCUCCAUGGCAUCGCCUAAAGAUCAGCCCGACAUUGGGCAGGUUUCUACCGAGAUCCUUAAAAUCAAGAAUGCGAUAUCAAAGCUACAUGAGUCAUCAUCACGACAAAAUUGCUAGCAGCUGUAGUGGUUACAUCGAACAUUAUCAGUGUUUCACCAUUUUGCAUUCUGUAUAGCUAGUCACAUUAGCCUUCAUCUCUGAAAGUGUACCUUUUGAUUGGCAUUAGCAUUUAACGCCGAUUUUGUUUUUCAUUGCUCGUGCUGAAAAUUUGUAGAACCUCGACUCUAGCAGUCAAUUCUGUAACCUAAUGAUCAAGAAAAUCCCGACUGGUUCCGACAGAGGCUUCGAGCCUAUUUUGGGUCUGAACUCUGAA